AUGGCCCAUGUGGAUGAUCAGAAGCUUUAUCCAGUGUACGCCAAUGUCUAUGACGUGACACCGCGCGAUGCUGUUAAAAUGUUCAAUGCAGUUUUCGCGCACUGGUGGGCGCCAGCGAAGUUGGGUGACGUUUUUCACGUGGGAGUGCCGGUCGGCAGCACAGAGUGGGCUUUUGGGAAAACAGUUAGCACGACAAAGCCCGGUGUGUUUGGAAUCCCACCGCGACAGGACACCCUGCACAGCUAUGGGGAGAACGGUCUUCUUAGGUCACACAAAGCUGUCCCAGACGGAGUACAACGCCAUGAUGAGGGACAGUGUCGAGGAUUACCCUGGUAA